UAACUGUGGUUAAUUUGUUGGUAAAAAGUUUGAGUGUAAAUUCUUAUAUGUGCCACUUGUGUACACUUACUCUUAGGACAACAAUUUACUGCAAGUAAUCUUGGACAGCAUAAUUUUUAAAAGGUUACCUAAAAAACCUUCUGCUCAGGGCGGCCAACCGAACGAACGAAGAGACCCUGACUGAACUCAGCAACAUUUGAUUUUGUGAUCGAUUUGAUUUUUAAGUUCGUCACUGGAACAAAUUUUAUAUUUUAGUAGACAAACAAUUGGUUACUUGAAAAUCACUGUUUCCAAAGACCACGAAGGUCGAGAAGAGAAUUCGCGGGUAGUGACGAGUAAGAACCAUGUCGCGAUUUAUAAUGACGGCCAAAGAGCGCCUCCAGAGGGGAUUACGCAUUGGCCAGAUGUUGGUCCACAACACUGGGCUACAGCGAAUGGCGGCCAAGACGCCAACUACCCCACCGCCACCCAAGUUCGUGAAGGCCACACAACCACCGCCCAAGUCCUCCAAGCCGCCGCAAUGUCCUGGUGGCGAGAAGAAGCGAAAGCCGGGCACUUUUGCCAGCGGAGGGCAGCACGCGGUGUUUAGCGACUGCCCCAAGCCGGAGGGUGACUUCAUUAAGGCCUGGUCGGCCAAGAACGGUCGCUAUAAUCUCAUUCUAAUCUCCGGUGCCCUGGCGGCAGGGGGAACUUUGGGCUAUGCCUUGUCAUCAGGUAUCCUGUGUCUAAAUUGGACCAUACCCGAGUAUCCCUACACCGAGGACGAGAUGGAGGACUUUGAGAUCGAGGAGGAGCGUCGGCGGGAGGAGAAGGAGGCGCGCGAGGAGCGCCACCAGGACGCAGUGGAGGCCAGGGAGCUGGGCGUACGGCGUCGGCGGGCCAAGGUGGCCAUGGAGCGGGAGGUGGACCUGAUGCAGCGCGACAUGGACGGCGGCAUCACCGAUGCCGAGCUGGACGAGCUGCAGCGGCUGGCCGCCGAGCGCGAGGCCUUCGAGUUGUGGGAGAAGGACGAGCUGAAGCGGCUCGAUGAGCAGGAGAAGGAGCGCGACAAGAUCCGCAAGGAGAAGGCCAAGGUCAGGGCCGAAAGGAACAAGGAGCGCGACCGCAAGCGCAAGGAGACGGAGGCGCAGCUCGAAAAGGAGGAGGCCGAGCGCGAGAAAGCCCGCGAAAAGGCGCGCAAAGAACGCGAAAAGGCCGAGAAGGAGAAGCAAAAGGAGAAGGAGAAGGCCGAGAAAGAGGCCGAGAAGGCCAGAAAGGCAGCCGGAAACUAAGAAAUCUCAGGCAAUUUUAAUUUACUUUACCUACAGUAACACCACAGCAGCUAUUAGAAUGUGCUAGAAACUAUAUUAUUACAAAAAGUCGGGCAAAUACAAAAAACACCUAAAGAAUAUAGCCCCAAAACACUGGAAAUGCUGUUUAAUAAAUUAUCAAAAUUGUUUGCUGUUGGCCUGAGUUAAUCAUUAGACAA